CAGGUUAAUUAACAGGAAAAGCAGCAGAGUAAUGUACAGGUAAAAAAUUCACGUUGGUAUGGUGAAUAAACUUUGUUAUAUCAUAGUUAUUAAGCUAUAUUUAUUGUCUAUGCAAUGUGGAAAAAAAAAGUUAUUAUUUCCAGUGGGUGCACAUUUUACAUUUCGGUUCCGCUGGAUGAAACAUUCUUCGGUCAGUGAGCGUCCAUUUCAAAACAAUAAGUCGCCUGCGAUCCACCGUAUACUCGAUAUUGUUACUAUACCAACACUUUUAAACAAUAAUUCAAGUGCCAUUAAUUUCGCGUUCUGAUCGGAUAUUUUUUUACUAAUUUGGAGAAUUCGAUUCUACGUCUUUUUUUUUUAUUAUUAUCAUUUGAUCGUGUCGUGUAUUUUUUUUAAAUUCUGUGUUGAAUUAGUGUUGUAUUGUUUCAUUUAUUGGUGAAGAAUUAGGUAUAGAAUAGAUACCUAUACCAUACCGGUGAAUGGUGGGUUCGUGCUUCGCGGUGCUUUGGUGUUGAUUAAUAUUGUCAUCUCUCGUUGAAAUGUGUAAAUUUAUAAUUAUAAAUGAUUUAACCGAUGUUGUGUGGUGUGUUUUUUGAAUGAAGAAAUUAAGCAUGCGUUUUUGCGAACAUUUAAUGCAGCAGGAAUGGGAAACACGAAACAACAAUCUCUCAGUCAUCAAUUUAAAAAACAGUUCAUUGAAAGGAAAUAUCCAAUUGGCUAAUUAUGGAAAUUUAACCGAAUUAAACGUCAGCAACAAUAGCAUAGAACAUUUGGACUUAUCAGCAAUACCUACGCUGGAACGAGUCGACUGUUCGAGGAAUAAAAUUUCCGAAUUAACGUUAAAUGGGACUUCGCUAACCAGCGUGACUGCUGCACAUAACAAAUUAAAAUCACUGACCGUGUCUCCAGCUCCGAAUCAUCUGCAGCAUUUAAACGUCUCGUAUAAUGAGAUAGAAAAACUACCCGACUGGGUUUCCGAGAGUAAUUCGCUGAAGGGUGUGAAUUGCAGCCAUAACCGGUUACGAGAACUACCGCAGGAUAUAUUUUUGAACGAAGAUUCGGUCCUGUCGACUUUACAAUUAAGUUUCAACCAGUUAACAACGCUGCCACAAGUUAUGCGUCGAGUGCCACUGCAGCAGUUGUAUUUGCAAAAUAAUAGUCUGAUUACGUUACCUAGACAUUUCUUUAUCGCUUCGUCGAAUUUAAAAAUACUCAACGUUUCAAAAAACUGCUUAAAAGAGAUACCGCAAUUCAUUUGUAAAAAUGAAAGCCUGGAGCAACUGUAUUUGACAUCAAAUGCAUUGACUGAUAUCACUCCAUUACUCAACUGCAUCCGUUUAAAAGUUCUGCACGUUGCUUACAAUGCCAUAAGUUCCUUGCCAGAAGGUUGCAUAUCAGCUUGGCCAGAUAUGCAGGAAUUAAUCAUAUCCGGCAACAAUGUGUACCAUUUACCAGAAAACAUCUGCAGUUGGUAUUAUUUGAAGAUUUUCAGGGCUCAUUCUAAUUUAUUAACUACCAGUCCGAGCUUCGUUAAUAAUAAUUCAUUAAAGGUUUUAGAUUUAUCUCAUAAUUAUUUAGAAAAAUUAGAUAUCAUGUCGUUGAUCCCGAAACAACUCAUGUUCCUGGAUAUUUCCGGCAAUAAUAGAUUACAAAUUGACUCUAAACAAUUUCAACACUACAAAAUCCACCGAUCAGUGAAUCUCGUCGACGUAUCCGGCUUCAAUCGAAAUUCCCUUCCAUGUAUGCCAAUCCGAGAAGAAAUUAAAGCCAUGGAACAACAACUACCUUGGUCGAUAGGAUUUUCUGAAACGACCGGCAAAUCUGACACGUUACACAUAUCACAGCUCAGACUGCCGACGUUUUGCAAUUCCGAAGCCCUAAUCGGUGUCUUCGAUACUACAAAUGACACCGAAUUAUCAAAAUUACUAGUCAAGACAGCACCACCAACGUUACUAGCUGAACGUACCGAACGUGAGGCGAAUAGCGAUUAUUUAAAAUACACCAUGGUUUCUUUACUUCGCGAGGUGAAAGAUAGCCCUAGACAGUCUGAUGUUCAUAUCACGUUGUGCCACAUUUGUAAAACAGAGGAUCCUCAAGAGAAUACGGUGUCGAGGUAUUUGCUGAGGAUUGCUAGCGUGGGCGAUACUAAGACUAUCCUGUGUAGGAAUUUUGGAUCUCUGACUUUAUCUAAUAAUGCCAAUCAAAACCACCAGAACCAUCGACAAUCUAAUGGCCAUAACAAUCAACCCAACAUAUUGCAAGAUCUGCAUACCACUGAGAUCAGCUUACACGAACAAGAUCAAUUUUUGUUAUUGGCCAGUAAAAGCUUAUGGGAAGUCAUCAGUACCGAAGAAGCGGUAGCCGAAGUUCGAAGUGUUAGUAAUCCUGUCCUGGCAGCGAAAAGACUUCAAGAUCUGGCUCAAAGUUACAACUGCGAGAAAGGAUUGAGUGUCGUUGUAUUAAGAUUUCAAAAUCUAGCCGAAGAUUUUGAUUUAUUAGCUCAGGAAAUGCGACAAACAAUAAGAUCUACGAAGAGUUCCAAUAAAAUAUGCACCUGUGAUCAAAGUCGAAUAGAAAAUCUAACAGAUAGUGAAAGAUCAUCGCCUAGUGGUCAAAGCGAUAAAUUCGGAGCGAUUCGAAUAAAUCAAAGCAUUUACGGAGACAGUAUUAGCAUUAAGAAUUACCCAACACGAAAAUACUCGCACCCACUACCACUUCAAGACCUCAUCAAUAACCGCGAUCAAAAUGAAAUCUCAUUCAAGGAUAUUUACAACGGGAACAUGGCCGAUGGAGAAGAAAGCUUUUCUGACAGGUCCGGAUUACAAAUGGCUGAAGAAAGGUUCCGAUGUUGGGAAUACAUGCUCGAGCAAAAUACUCAAAUGUUAUUCGAUAAAGAAUUAGACACGUUAUCGAAAAGCUUCACCAAACGAUCGAUCCCAUCGAAACCCGAUUUAUGGGCCCAUACCAAAAGUGUAUCGCAUUUACCAGAUUGCAUUCAACCUCUACCUUUCGUUUCAAAACGUUUCGGAAGCGCUAGAUCGUACAAUACGUCGAGAAGACUGGAUAUGGGGCGUAAAUCACUGAGCGGAGGGCCCAACGCAGCUUAUUUUGGCAGUCUACAGCAUCUUAUGCCUUAUCACCUGGAGUACGAUUUUUCCGAAAUCAAAGAAAAAUACGACAGUAACCUCGAUUCGUUGGAAAUGGAUGGUCGAAUGCAUAAAUAUUGGGAUGUUGCCACGACAGAAUUAUAAAUUAUUAAAAUAAAAAUCUCAGGGGAAAAAAAUAAUUUAAAACAACACCUCGAGUUAAAGAUUUGAUUAUUUUUUCAAUAAAAUUCUUCUGUAUCUGUACGAUCGUCACCUCAUCUCUUGAUGUAAAUUUUAAAUGUAAAAUAAUCCAAAAAUAAAUUAUUAUAAUUUUUUUAAAAA